GGACAAGAAAGAAGGAAUAGCAUGCAGUCUGUCCUGGAUUUGGAUAUAUGCAAUAAUUUGUAUGCAUCUUCCAUUGUCCAGGAAUUCAUGUUACUUAAAAGAACUCUCAAGGUACUCCAUUAUUUGGAGUACGAGAUGAAUUCUUAUCCCUACCCUUGGAGUUUGAUUGCUGUCUCUACAGAAAUUUCAGUGGUUUGGUUUGGUUUGCUUUUUGAUCCAAGCAUAUAUUUUCAUGUGGAAUUGAUGCCUGGAAAAGAGGGUAUUGAUUUACUCCUUUGCACUGAUAAAUAAAAGCGAAGAUUUUUUUGCAAGCUGCCUUUCUCAUCUGAAGGUCCAGAAACCUAAAAUUCUGGUGGGAAGUAGCAGAAUGGGGUGGUUGCAAUUCUUUGUGUUAAUGAUGCCUAAAAAUAGAAGUGCUGUUGUUCAUAAGCUUCUUGUAUAUCCAGACUUGCAACAGUCUGUCCUCUUUUUUAGCAAAGUAGUUUCAGAAAUUUCUUGUCUGGUAUCUGGUUUGCCCCACAACCUAUUGAGACAGCGUAUAUUCUUCUAAAAGCCCUCAGCAUCAGCAUGAGAUUCAUUUUUUUUAAAGGAGACACCCCUAUGUACAUUUUCUAAACAGGUCAAGCAAAGCCCUCUAACUCCAUCCGGCCAAGGCUUGUCAACCUUGCCUUGGUUUCCGUUGGACGUCUAGUUUCUCGUUGGAAAACUAGUCAAAGCGUUGAGUGAAGUGCCCUCAGAGGUCUCAUUUGCAGAGGGUCUUGUGGGAUGGGGGAAAGGGGUGGAUUGGUUGGGAGAGCCAUUUAAGGGAAGCCUCCCACUCUUCCAGGUUCACUCCAGUCACAGCUCGUUUUCUGCUGUAAAAUGCUGGAUGUGGAUUGGGGGAAUUUUCUCUGUAGUGGAGCCAAUGACAGAAGCUGUUCUUUAGAAUUUCCAGGAUGGCUGUAUUCUGCGAUCAGAAUGAGACAGUCAAGCUGGGCAGAAUCCAACGCCAAGAUGAAAGGUAAGGUGACGUUUAUUUGUGGGAAUGUUUACGACAGCCAGGCAGCUAAGGACAGCUACUACCAUUAAUAGUUUCAGGAAUAAUUUCCUACGCUUCUGCUAGUCUUGGGUAGCUGUAUGUUUUUAAAUGGAAACUAUAUGCUGGUGUUCUCGUCAUGAUUUUAACCAAAACGAUGUUUUAAGAUUGCAUAUAUUGUCUCUCUUCCCCUUUUAAUCUUUCUACAAGUACUUUCUUUACAUCUAUCACCAAAAAACCUAAGCCACUUUGUUGUUCUUCCCUGGAAUUGCUGGUUCUGUGUGCAAAAGCCCCCUUACUCUCUAGUUAUUACGGUAGAAGAGAGUUCCUGCCGAUGUUGCAUAUAUUACCCCCGGGGCCGUUUCCUCCUGUAUGGCGUUGGUUUGUGAGAAAAUGUUGGCAGCCCUUGUCAGCCUCUUGGGUCAUAGCUUAUGAACGUAGAGCACAGAAUGGUUAUUCGCUCUGCCAGUGACUUAAUUUCAGUUGAUGGAUUGGAUCCUAGAAAAGAAGCCAACAAUCUUGUUGCUAAACAGUGCGAACCAGCCAAUAGCCAGUUGUGUCUCGGAUGCAGAGAAAGUAAAACCAAGCCCAUGGAGGAGCAAGCUGGCGUAGUGUGACCUUGGAGUGUGAGCUCUUGUACUGUGAUCAGAGAUUUGUGUGAGGUUCUUCUUUUGCUUGUUUUGUUUUGUCUUUUUUUGGAUCACUUUGGGCACAUGAUGGACAUCUGGCUGUUAACAUGUGCACGUGGAAACUCAGGGGAGGAAUCAUACCGCCGAAUGAGUUCUCAGUUGGGAAUUCAGAAUCAACUGCCUCAGGACUUACCUCACGGGCCUUGCCUUCACUUUUUAACUUGUCUCUUGAUCCUGGGCCUUUGCAGUUCUGCUCGUUGCUUGAGAGCUUUGAUUUUCCACCCGUUCUUGCCCAGAACUGUGAUUUGCAAAGCCAGUUUUAGUUGUGGGGACUUCCUGCAGACUCUGAAAAUCUGCCCCAAGCAUCUCCAUCCUUUCACAUUUUUUGUGGUGGGCAACAGUACUUCUUGCCUUUGAUUAAAGAACCUUAAGCUCCAGGAUUUCUAGGUGUCCUUGUUGGAAAUGCCCAGCUGGAAAAUCUUCCGUUUAGCAAAGCUGUAUUAAACCAAAAAGGGAGCACAUCUGGCCGCGGAAGCCUUCCCGAUUAGCCACAAAUGUUUCUCUCCUCUCUGGACUUUGUGAACAAAUACUGAUCCUGCUUUUUCUUGUAAUAUUUAAUUUUUGUGUCUUUGCGAAAUGUGAGCUCGAUUUUGUGUUGGAAGCUAGAGUUGGAUUCAGGCCUUGUGUAACGUUUUGUUGUGCAUGCCGAUUGUACGUUUUCCACCGUACCUUUCUUUUCUUUUGUACAGUGUUUGUGACAUGCUCCUUCUCACUUUCAUAAGAUGCUACUGUUUUUGCAAAUAAAAAGUUUCCUGCUUCCCAUUUAUUAGUACUUAAUCUUGCUCCUGAACCUGAGUUGUAAUACUGCACUGUCCCUUUGGCCAAUGCACGUGAGUGGGGGAUUUGUGGCUUGGGGGCUGUUUUUCUCUUUUUGCAGGUGGUGUUUUGAAAUGUGAUUCCUGAGGUAAAAUUGUUUUUGUCUUUAAAAGGAGGGAGGCCAGGGGGGUGAGGGUUGAGGGCUGGUUUUUGUUUUUUGUUUUUAAUUGGUAUCGCCUGAUUUGAUUUUUUGUUUUUUUUCUUUUUCUGCUUGUCCUUUUCUUUACUUUUAAACUGCUGAUGUUUAUUUUCAGGAAUGUUUUGCAAAAUGUCCUUCUCACACUCUUCCCCAGUUCAACUGCAUUUGUGGUGAAACAUCUCCUUGAAUACACUCAGCAAACGGAGCCCAACCUACAGUACAGCCUGUUGUUAAUUUUGGGCCUCUUAAUGACGGAAAUAGUGCGUUCCUGGUCUUUGGCUUUAACUUGGGCUUUAAACUAUCGCACUGGGGUCAGGCUACGUGGAGCUAUCCUUACGAUGGCUUUCAAGAAGAUACUCAGAUUGAAAAAUAUCAAGGAGAAAUCUUUGGGCGAGCUGAUAAAUGUAUGCUCCAAUGAUGGCCAGCGAAUGUUUGAAGCUGCGGCUGUGGGUAGCUUAUUGGCUGGAGGUCCUAUUGUUGCCAUUCUUGGCAUGGUUUACAAUGUUGUUGUUCUUGGACCGACCGGCUUCUUGGGUUCAGCUGUUUUCAUCCUCUUCUACCCAGCAAUGAUGUUUGCAUCACGUUUUACAGCUUAUUUCAGAAGGAAAUGUGUGUCUGCAACUGAUGAGCGUGUCCAGAAAAUGAAUGAAGUGCUUAACUAUAUUAAAUUCAUCAAAAUGUAUGCUUGGGUGAAAGCCUUCUCUCAGACUGUUCAAAAAAUCAGAGAGGAAGAACGCAAAAUUCUGGAGCGUGCAGGAUACUUCCAGAGUAUCACUGUAGGAGUGGCACCCAUCGUUGUUGUUAUAGCUAGUGUGGUGACCUUCUCUGUUCAUAUGAUCCUCGGCUAUGAUCUCACAGCAGCUCAGGCUUUUACAGUGGUGACAGUAUUCAAUUCCAUGACCUUUGCUUUGAAAGUCACUCCGUUUUCUGUGAAGUCCUUGUCUGAAGCAUCUGUUGCAGCUGAUAGAUUUAAAAGUUUGUUUCUAAUGGAAGAGGUUCAUAUGGUAAAGAAAAAACCAGCCAGUCCUCACGCAGCCAUAGAGAUGAAAAAUGCCACCUUAGCCUGGGAAUCCUCCCAUGCUAGUGUCCAGAGCUCACCCAAGAUGACCCCUAAAAUGAAAAAAGGCAAGACGGCCACGAGCAGGAAAGAGAAGAUGAAGCUGCAGCAGCAUGAGGGACGGCAGACCAUGUUCACUGAGCAGAAAGGCCAUCUUUUAGUGGAUAGCGAUGACCCCCCAAGCCCCGAGGAGGAGAACCAACGCAUCCAGCUCGUGAACGUCCGGCUGCAGAGGGUUCUUUACAAUAUCGACCUGGAAGUCGAGAAGGGGAAACUUGUUGGGAUAUGUGGCAGCGUGGGGAGUGGGAAAACCUCACUCAUUUCAGCCAUUUUGGGACAGAUGACUUUAUUGGAAGGCAGCAUUUCCGUCGAUGGGACAUUUGCCUAUGUGGCCCAGCAGGCCUGGAUUCUCAAUGCCACACUUAGAGACAACAUCCUUUUUGGAAAGGAGUUUGAGGAAGAAAGGUACAACAUGGUGUUGAAUGAUUGCUGUCUCCGGCCUGAUCUGGCUAUCCUGCCAAACGGGGAUCUGACUGAGAUUGGUGAGCGGGGUGCAAACUUGAGUGGGGGACAGCGCCAGCGGAUCAGCCUUGCCCGUGCACUGUACAGCGACAAGAGCAUUUUCAUCCUUGAUGACCCCCUCAGUGCCUUGGAUGCCCACGUUGGAAACCACAUCUUCAACAGUGCAAUCCGGAAGCACCUAAAGUCCAAAACAGUUAUUUUUAUUACACACCAGCUCCAGUACCUUGUGGAUUGCGAUGAAGUGAUUUUCAUGAAAGAAGGUUGUAUCACAGAGAGAGGAAGCCAUGAAGACUUGAUGAAUCUGAAUGGUGACUAUGCAGCCAUUUUCAAUAGCUUGCAGCUGGGAGAAACACCACACAUUGAGAUUAACUUAAAGAAGAAUGCAAAUAGCUCAUUGAAAAGACACCCGGAGAAAGGCACCAAAACAGGAUCUGUGAAGAAAGAGAAAGUAGUCAAGAAGGAAGAAGUUCAGCUCAUGCAGUUGGAAGAGAAGGGCAAAGGUUCUGUCCCCUGGUCGGUUUAUGGGGUCUACAUCCAAGCAGCUGGAGGCCCAGUUGCCUUUCUGAUCAUCAUGGCACUCUUUAUAUUGAAUGUGGGCAGUACUGCCUUCAGCAACUGGUGGCUGAGCUACUGGAUCAAACAAGGCAGUGGGAACACUACUUUGAUGUUGGGGAAUGAAACCAUGGUGAGCAACAGUAUGAAGGAUAACCCUCAUAUGCGUUACUAUGCUGGCAUUUAUGCACUCUCAAUGGGCAUCAUGCUGAUUCUGAAGGCUGUUCGUGGGGUUGUCUUUGUCAAGGGGACGUUACGAGCCUCAUCCAGGCUGCAUGAUGAGCUCUUCCGGCGGAUUCUUCGUAGCCCAAUGAAAUUUUUUGACACCACACCUACAGGACGGAUUCUCAAUAGAUUCUCCAAAGAUAUGGAUGAAGUUGAUGUCCGCCUGCCAUUUCAAGCUGAAAUGUUCAUACAGAAUGUCAUCCUGGUGUUCUUCUGUGUGGGAAUGAUCUCUGGUGUCUUUCCAUGGUUCCUAAUGGCAGUGGGGCCCCUUGUGGUCCUUUUUACCAUUCUGCAUGUUGUAUCUAGGUAAGAACAACAAUUGUUCUG